UGCCGCAUCUGCGCCUCCCGUGCUGCGAGCGAGCGAGCGAAGGAGUCGCCGCGGCCGCCUCUCCGACUCGGCCAUGCCUGGAGGGCGCCGCCGCUGAAGGAUGAGCGAGGCCCUCCGCCAUCGGCCCGGAGCCCCUGCGCUGCUCCCGCCGCUCCUCCGCCUGCUGCCCUUCGCCUGCUGCCUCCUGGCCAGCCAGCCCGACUCCUGCCCGCGGAGGUUGGAUUGCACUCUGAAGAAGCGGGCAUUCUGCCCUCCCAGAUCCAGUGACUGCGGACCUUGUCUCUCUGGGUUUGUGGAAGAUGAAUACGGUAGAUGCAUCUCAAAGACACAAGCAGGCAGAGGGAGAGCUUCUAUUCCCAACUUGGAGGAAGAAAUUGAUUUCCUAGCUGACACAUUGUCCAGACAGGAUGCUGCCCAUUUGCGUCACAGUCAGGCUGCAACCCCAAUCCCUGCAAGUGAACAUCCCAAAGACGGCAUGGUGAUGGCCAAGUCCUCACAGAGGGGCCGGGCAAGACCCCUGGCUGCGACAUCUCGCCCUUCUUCUUCCACCGAGGCUGUGAAGAGCUCUCCAGUGGAUUCUUUGCACAUAUCUUCAAAUGAUGCCGUUAUCCUUGGUAUGAUAAUAGUGUGCACCAUUGCAGGGAUCUCUGCUCUGGUUGUGGCAGCUGUUUGUUGGUGCAGGCUGCAAAAAGAAAUACAGCUUGCCCAGAAAGCGGACUACCCAGCUCACAAUCUACCAGGCCCUGUGUCGUAUGAUAAGAUUUCGCCUGGAGACAAAAAGUUGGCACAGAGUGCUCAGAUGUACCAUUACCAACACCAGAAGCAACAAAUGCUCUCCAUGGAGAAGCAUAAAGAGGAGCCCAAACUGCCAGAAUCCGCCUCAUCUGAUGAGGAAAAUGAAGAUGGAGACUUCACAGUAUAUGAGUGCCCGGGGCUUGCUCCUACUGGUGAGAUGGAGGUGAAAAACCCACUAUUUGAUGACUCCUCCUUGCGUCCUCCGCCCCCGAAGCUGCACCCCUGACCUCCGGCCGAACAAGCUGUGGACUCUGUGCACCAAGCACCCUGCAUAGGAAUGUUCCUAAACUGCAGACCUCAUACAGAGAGAGCGCCCAUUGCAACAUGCCCUGACGCCUGACUGUUAGACCCCCUGCAAUGAAUCUGUCAAAUGAACAUGUGUCGUUGGCUUGGGGGGGGGCUCGCUUCACUUGCCAGAUCUUGUUUGCUAUCGCCUCCGUGCUCUCUGCUCGGUUUUCCGCCUCUUGCUGUUCAGGUGGCACCUGGAUAAUUACUGCAUUUGUGAUCUCUGAUUGGCUUGCUUAUUUCCAGGGGGGCGUGGAGGGGAGAAGGAAUAGGAUCAGUGGCUGCUGCCUUACCCUUCUAGUUUUCCAUAGUUUUGGGGGGAAACCCAUCUCAUCUGCCAUUGCUCCGAAAACCAAGAGAAGCAUUCCUUAUCAGCUUUUUAUGAAAAAGGAUCGGAAGUGGCGGAAACCAAAAUAUUUCAAAUCUGAGUUUUCUGAAUUACUUUCAGCCUUGCUGAUCAUUUGUUGCAAGUUCCACAUGUUAGAUUGCAGCUGCCUAGGCUUCUAAUUUGUGUCUCUUCACAAUGUGUAACCUUUAAGGCAGCAGCUUGAAGGGGAGGGAGAUCCUGCUUUGUACCAAAUAGUACAAAAUAUACAAUUCUUGCAUUCUGUCACGGUAAAAGUCCUGGGUGGGAAGUCAUUUUUUUAUUAACAAAAUAUAGAAAAAACAUGACAUAAAACUUAGUAUAAGACACAGAGAAAUACAAACCACUAUAGAAUAUAAUACCUCUAUGAAUUCAACAAGGAACAUCAACACAAAGUAUCAUGAAUUGAAAAAGACAAAUGUACACAUAUGGGUACCUUCAUACAGUGGUCAUCUCACUGUACAGUUGUCUGAUUGGGUAUUAGAAUUUCUGAGACUUCUACACCAAUGUGUUAGUUUUUGAAGGUUGUUGCUCUGUCCAUGCAUGGGAGAGUUGUGGCAUGGUGGGACUUUGACAGGCAGGGAGAGGCUUGGAUACUGGGUGGGUUUCUGAUUUCCAGCCCCCCCUCCCCGACUCUUCAGUCAUAACUGAUCAGUGAGUAGGUAGGAAUAGGUAAUGGCAGAAGGUUCAGCUGUUGCCUCUCAUUAAAUGUGGGUGGGAUAGAACUGGAACCCAUUGCAAUGGGUCACAUUCCCAAAUACCUCGCUGCUGGUGGCAACCUGGAGUUGAGCAUUCCCUAGCUAUCCAGCUCCACUGGAUGAACGUUGAUAUUAUUUAUGCAGUACACAUGUGUAUGCCCCACCCCCUGAACAUUUCUUUCUGAUUUUAUUCCUGUUGUAACUUCAAUGGAGGCAGCUUUGCUUCUUUGAAUUACACAUUGCAGUGAAUGCCAGCUUCAUUGCUCCUCUGUGCUCUUGCAUCUUUCUUCCCAAGCAUACCCGAUACAAUUAUUUGCUACAAGAAAGGGAUUAUGGGGAAUAUUUUCUUUUUAAGCUUUAGCUGGUGGGUCCAUCUGGAAUGGCUGAAGGGCAAUUUGUGCCCAAUUCUGAAAUUGUCAGGACUUCUGAUAAUAAAACCUCUGUGCUGCUGUAUCUGUGUUGAAUGAGAGUAAAAAGAGUCUCACAUG